AUGCAUAUCAACUCAGUUGCUGAAAUUAUUCAGAGUGAUAUUAAAGUUAACAUAUUUUUAGAAGACGAAAAGAAAAAACAUUACGAUGAUAGAAACAAACCAAAAGAAGAUGGAACUAAAGAAAUAGCACUUACAAGUAAAGAUGUUCAAAGUGGCGAAAUUCAAAGUAAACAUGUUAAAAGUAAAGAAGAAGAAAGUACAGAAGUUCAGGUCAAAGAGAAUCGUAGUAAAGAAGGGAAAUUUGAAAUAGAUGUUGAAAAAGGCAUAAUUGGUAAGGAUGGUGGCAACAAAACGAAGGGAGACAUGCGGAGACAGCAGACAACUUGGGUUCAAUUUAAUACAGGAUAUGGAGGUGGUGGCUAUGGAGGUCAUGGCGGUGGUGGGGGGUACCAAGGGCACGGCGCGCCACUACACUACGAUCCGACUAGUCGGAACUACUUCGUCAAAUUUGUGUUCACUAUCGUACUUAUUAUGCUCUGUAUCACCGCUGCUUUCACCGCUUUUGUAUUGGCCACACCCGACGUGAAGGAAACGUUUCGGGAGAACAACGUGCUUUUCAUUAUAUUGGCAAUGUGUAUCGUUAUACCGCUAAACUACGUAAUGUUCUGCAGUGAGUGUGCCAGGCGACCACCUUGUAACUUCCUAUGUCUUUUGUUCGCGGUCGUUGGUAUGAGUCUGCUGGUCUCUGCGGUAACAUGUCGGUACCGAACGAAUAUUGUUUUUUAUGCAGUUAUCACUACACUGGUGGUUGUUGCUGUGUGCGUGCUUCUGGCUUGUACUAGUUUCGACUUCACAUCAUGGUAUUUGUACGUGGUUGCGAUUGUGGUAGCAUUCGCUGUCAUAUCGACUAUCAUAUCUGUCACUAUGCUAGUGAUGAAUAUACAUUACAAGCCCUUGCAUAUUGGCCUACUCUUCGUUGGGACGAUACUUAAUAUUAUUGUUUUAAUAAUGGAGUUGCAAAUGAUCCUCGGCGGAGGCAGGAUAGAGAUCGGGGAAAACGAUUAUUCGCUGGCUGCCUACAUGUUGUAUACGAGUAUUGUUGAUAUUUUCCUUAAAAUAGUCCAAAUUAUGGGUAUGAUGGAUGAAUGA